AUGUCGUUGAAAUCUUCCAUUUUCAACACCGGAAACCCGCCAGGUAAGCCCCCACCGCCGCGAAAUAAGAAACUAGCACCAGGAUCGUCUUCUUCGGCUAGGCCGAGACCGUUGAGCCCCUACAUAAACGGGACUUCGAAGGCUACUACCCCAAGACUGUCAGCAUGCACCACGCCCCAGCCUGAAGAAAAUAAUAGCCUGGCCCCCACUUCGCCCUUAAAUUCGGCAGCGGCCUGGGAUGUGAAUGAGCUUCUUGAAUUGUUCAAGAAUGACGGAACCUUGCCUCCGAUAUUGUCGCCUACUAUACCGGAAUUCGACCUCAAGAGCGAGGCUGGGGAUUUCAUGAGCGCAAGGAGACAGCAAACUGAUAAUAAUGUUCAUAAUAACGAUAACGAUAAAGAUAACGAUAACACCAACAAUAGCAAUAACAACAACACUCACAUCAGCAAUAGCGAUGCGAAUACUAGGACGGAUGGGAAGAUUGCAAGUGGUUCAAAGAGUACUAGUCCGCAGCUGGUUCUGUUGGACCGUGGAUCAGAAUCUUCAAUCAGGAAUAUUGGCCCAAGGCCGCUGGGAUCUGAGGGAUCUGACGAGGAGGAGGAGGAAGAAGAAGAAGAGGAAGAAUUUGAUGAGAAUUUGCCCGUGUCAAUGUUGUCCCCCACACUUCCUGCGAUUUUCGAUCCCGAUCGAUCUUUAAAGGUUGCCCCUAUACCUCGUCACGAACGAGACCGGAGUGCAGUCAAAGAGAAAAUCAGACCAGCUCGACCUAGAGAACGGAACGAAGAACCAAGUCAAUCAAGUAGGGCACCUUCCAGCCAACCAACUUCCAAACCGGAUAGGAGGAAAACUACAACAUCAAGAACUGAUUCUUCUGAAACCAAUGGCUUCAACAAGAAAUCAACUGGUAAUUACCCUCCCAGUCAAGCUAAUGGAUCAAAGUCGCAUGCAAGCUCAAAAGAAGAGCAAGAGCCACUUUUAAGAGACAAAUCUCCUCCAGCCAAAGUGAAAAGCCCACAAAAGAGCAGCAAGGGAGAAUCUACUACAGAAAAGAAAGCAUUAGACACGAAAGAGGAACCAAAACCCGCUAAUCCGCCAAGAUCCACCUUCAACUCCAUCACCACCAAAACGGGCGUUUUCAAAUGGAUAAACAAACUGCACGAGCCAAAUCCCAAAUUUCUCGUGCGAAUGGUUCUCAACAACAAAUUGAAAUAUCAAAGACUAUUUGGCAAAUCACUAAGCCCUUUGAAAUUGUCGGGCUUUGGAAUAACCAAACAAGAUGAGGGCCGCGCAAGAGACAAUGAGUCGGUGAGCUCGUCGUCGCCUCGCAAGGACACACACAACACAGAAACGAGCCUAGACAAGAAAGCACAAGCCAAUAGGAAAAAUGCAGUUGAUAGCCAACUGGAUAAGACAAAUGCAAUUGCAAGGAGCGCAUCGGGACUGUCGUCAAACUCGGUUUCGCACAGCACAGAAAAUUCAGAAGAUGAAAGAAAGAUCAAAGUGCAGCAAAAGAGUAAAAAAGUUCCAAAGAUAUUUGUACAUGGCGAUGCUUCUACUUUUGUCAAACAACAGAGGAGCAAAUCACCUGAGGACUCAACGGGUAAAGCUGAACCGAGUAGCAUCGCAAGAGAAGACUCAACGUUGUCCACAGCAAACACCCUGGCGGAAACUUCUAAAGAAAUGGAAGAUCUCAACCAGGAGCGUAAACGAUUCGCGAGGUAUAAGCAAGCCAAGCUCAAGGAGCUUGAAGAGAUUGAAAAGUCAAACAAAGAGAUGGAACAGCGUUUGCACGCUAGAGAAGCAGAACUCAAGAGUAGGAGCUCCACCCUUAGCAGCAACGAGGAAUCUGGUCGACGCAGUGAAGAUCGCGAUCGUGACCGCGAUCGUAAGCGUCUGGUACCGCCAGCUCUGGCACAAAUCCAUGGAAACACCACCAAGCGAGCCAAGCACCGGUCAACAUUUACCAACCAAUACACACAAGUGCACCAUGCGAUCCAAUUACCAGACUAUUCACACGCAGAAGCCGAAGACGUGAAGAUCAAAUUGAACGACAAGAAGAAAUUCUGGCAGACGCAAGCACGAGACGCGCAGAAACGAGUAGAUGAUCUCGAACACGCUAAACACGCUACACCAAAUGACGACUUGUUGAGCGUUGUGAUCAAAAUCGAUGUGAUUUUAAUGAAGAUGGUCUCGUGCGAUUACGACGAGCGACACAAGAUUGUAUCUCGUGUGUUGCCAAGUGAGAGAUCAUGGAUGGCGUUGGAGAAGGAAAUUGGCUCAUUUAUUUCCAAGCUUCGCCACUUGAUAGACUCGACAACUACUGGAGCACAAGUCUUUUUACAAGUUGUCAAGUGUCUCAUGUUUCAAACUCGCGCUUUGGUUGUGAAACGAGUUUCGCAAAUAUUAGCAAAUGUCAUCAGCUCAUAUCGUGCAAAGGAGCAAGGCGCCGACCAAACUUUGAACCUCAAGAUUAUCGAGUUGCAAGUUUCGGAAUUGGGGUGCAAGCGUCAACAGGAAGAGUUUUUCGCAAAUAGCCAACUGGCGUACUUGUACGAUGCCAUGGAGGUGAAUUUCCCCGAAUCGUGGGAGGCUCGUUUGGGGAGCUGGGAAGAUGUCCAGCGCGACCGCGGCAGACGCGAGGAGUUUUUGGUGUCGAAUUUGAAAGCGUUGAUCGGCAAUGGGUUUUACUUACCCAUGGGUGUUUAUUCCAACUUGAGCGAGAUGAGCGACUUGUUGUUCUUGGUGACGUCGGAGUUUAUACGCAACUGGAACAAAAAUCGAGAUCGAGAUCGCGCUGGUUCCAUACUGUACCGACUAUUAAGCGGACCGUCGGAUUGA